GAAGGUGUUGGAGGGGGAGAGUUGGGUGGGGGUCUUAUCUCCCCAUGUGGACAUAGCUGGAGGGUCGGGGGUGAUAUGCGGGUGUAUUCACCCUGCACAGAAGGGCUAGUCGAAUAUUGGUGGGGGAAGGGGCAGCAGUGCUGGUGACUCUCACCCAGUGUACUCCUACCAUCAGUGCCAACUCUCAUGGGUAUCUCCACCGAUGAGUGAUCUUCUGACUGACAUGCGGAGGCUGUGUUCACACUGUGCUUCUUCCGCAGUUUACAGCGAGAAACAAAUAGCAGGUUGCCAUAUUUAAAAAUGGAGACUGAGCGCAUGAUAAUCUGCCCUUUGUCCGCCGUCUAGAGGUUUCCUCCUUUUAAUUCUUCUCGCUAAUUUUAUAUCCUAUGCAAUGUCCAACAAGAAGGAGCCUCCUUUUUUUAACGAAGAUAACCUUGGAUCCUUCCAUUACAAGCUUCCUUUUUAUGAGACCAUGGAGCUCUUCAUUGAAACUCUUACAGGGACUUGCUUUGAACUUCGGGUGUCGCCCUUUGAAACCGUUGUCUGUGUAAAAGCCAAAAUUCAAAGGCUCGAAGGCAUUCCCAUCGCACAACAACAUUUGAUUUGGAAUAACAAGGAACUAGAGGACGAGUGUAGCCUGAACGACUAUAAUAUCUCUGAAGGUUGCACUCUGAAGCUGGUGCUGGCUAUGAGAGGAGGUCCAAUUAACACUCGUAGAGUGCCAUUGGAUGACCCGGUCAGAGACCUAGCGGAGUACAUGGACCCAGUACGAGACGAGAUGUGGGAAAAGGCCGCCACUAAUAAGCAGGUUACAUUUUUGGUAUACCGUGAAGGAGAUCAACUGAAUUUCUUCCGAGUAGUUGACCGAGGAGAUGGUACCUUGACUCCAUUAUCGGAAUCUCUCAGUGGAGGUUCGGUCUAUAACUUCUAUGCAGAAGAUGAGGAUGGAUAUGAGGCUUCUCCAUCUGGCCAACAGAUUAUAGAAAAUUCAAUCACUAUGAACAAAAUGAAGUUGUUGAAAUCAAAGAUGGAGAGCAUGAACCUCAAUAAAAAGCCGAAGAAGUCCUCUAAGUUGAAACCCCGGCCUCCUAAUGCCCCACGGCCUACAAGUGGCUCAAUGGCUUUUGCCCGUCACAGACUUCUCAGAGUUCUCCCCCACAUUGGACAAACGUUUCUACCUCCCGGGAACCCUUACGUGUCCGAGUCUUCCCACAAUGCACUUUCUACCCUUACUGCUGCUACUAGAACAAUACCUUCUAUCACUAGUGACUUUCUCAAAGAAGAAGAGGAGACCUGGGAAAGCUCAGCAUUAAUUCCAUCACUCACUAAUAUUAAUUUACCUCCCAAGGUUUCACGCGUGGAACUUGAAAAUGCGAGUCAAUCAACAAAUACAGUCCUCUCCCCUGUUACUCCUUUGCCCAAGAAAGAUGGGCUGACAAAAGACAGUGACUCCCUCUUACAUCAAAACCUAAACCUUUUCUCUUCGGAAGAAACGUCUAGAUCAAUUUCAGAAUCCUUUGCGUUGUUGGCUGAGGCAAGUCCUUCUGAGCAGUAUGGAGAACUGUGCAGCUUGAGAAAAAUGAAAUCUGAUUUUGAAUUGACAGAAGUCAACGACGAAACCUCCGCUGUCGAAACACAUCAGACUGCACUCUCCAAAUCGCUGAACGCUGAACUGAUGGAGACCUCUCUUAUCAAUACUGCUGAAAUAAGUCCACCGAGAGGCAAGUUUCUGUCACCCAUCCACUUUUCUCCACAGUUGAACAAUGCCACUUUUUCUAAGACGUGUCAGCCUAAAUGUUUCGAUUUGGGAAGCCUGAGACCACCUGCUUCUCACAGUCAUUUCCAUUCCCUGCAACUCCAAAACAUGGCUGAUCCUGCAUUUUCUAGGACUACUAGAUUCAGAGGAGUGAAAGUGGAAUCUCCAGGAAAGCGAUCAGAUGUGAUUACCAAAAUGGAGGCUAGAGACAUGACAGAGUUGGUUAAUAAAGCAUCGAAAGAACCCAUGGGGUCACUUAAUAACUUAGGUUUUUUUGCUUCGCUGGCUCGAAGCGCAAGUAGAGACAACUUAAACAGCUCCAGCAAUCCCGGGAGACUACGAAAUCUUGUUGCUCCACCAACCACUCUCCAGGAAGAGAAAAUUUCUUUACACGACAGUUUGAACGUCUUUAGCGCACCUCAUGGACUUGGACAAAGUGUGAUUAAUGCAAGCUGCGGAAAAAGCACAGUUGAAGCCACACAUCUCUUUCCUCCUGUCAAGUCUGCUAUUCGGAGUAAGAAGAAGGCAUCCAAGCACUGCUUUCUCUGUGGGAAGAAAACUGGCUUGGCAACUAGCUAUGAAUGCAGGUGUGGGAACAAUUUUUGUGCCACUCACCGUUACGCAGAAACUCACAGUUGUACCUAUGACUACAAAACAGCGGGUCGGAGAUAUCUGCAAGAAAGCAACCCAGUCAUAACUGCGCCAAAACUCCCCAAGAUCUAACUGUUCACGCUGUAUAUGCCAUCACACCAAAAAACGGUUUCUUCUAAUCAUGCCUUUAUUUUUUUUUUGGCCUCUUCUCCGAGGUAAACAUUUGCCAAGUUCCAAGCAUCCAUUCCGAUUCAUUAAAUGAUGUGAAAAGUUGUUAAAAAGGAAAAAAAAACAUCUCUCCUCUUCCUUUGCGUUUUGUGUUAAGUUUUAGAUUGGCAAACAAUGCUGUUUCACUAGACAAAUCUUACAGAAGAUGCACUUUACUCAAAAAAUAUUUACUGUAUAAGUGGGGGAUACAAAGAUGGAACGAGUCUUGUAUUCAUCUGUUUGUGUUGUCUGUUUUUAUUCUUGUCUGUUUUUGUAUGGUUAAAUUAUUUCCUCAAUAUGCAAAACUGUAUGGGGACGGGAUACGGUCCUUCAAGGGAACCUCUACCAAACAAAACCUUUUGGUAGAGGUUUCCUGCUUUUGUACUGGAUUUCAUCCAGAUCCUGCAGCCAUCUGAAUGCAGCCUUAAAGGGAUAUGCCAGGAUUUUACUAAUUGUUAGGCAAUCGGUCAGUAUCUGGUCGGGGGUGGAUCAGACACCCUGCAUCCCCUCUGAUUGGCUCCGGCGACAGAACUACACCGCUGCAUCCAUUGUGUAGCUGGCCAUUCACUUCAAUGGGAGCAGUGCUUACAUAGUGGUUAGAGCUGUGUGGUUCCUGUGUAAUCGGCAUGGAGUGUUGGACCUCUGUUGAGAAGACUGAUGAAUAAUAAAAUCCUGAACAACAACUUAAAUUGGCUUGUAUCUGUUAGUCUGAAUGAGCAUUAAAUAGCUAAUAUCAGCCACACUUUUGGGUAUGCAAUGAAGUGUUUCCUGUUACAAAGCCUCCAAAUUAGGCGUUUUUAUUCUUUUGUAAUCGUUCCUUUUUAAACUUCAGGGUUUUUUCCUUCAGAAAUUCAGAUUGCUGUCAUAAAAAAUUAAAUAAAUAUUGUCUUUUAAU